AUGGGAGAUAAAGAAGAAGUUGAUACACGAUUGGAAUUUAUGAGUGAAUAUUUACUUAAGACAUUUAAGCAGAAAGUAGAUAAAUGGAAUAAGUUUAUUACAAGCGAUGAAAGACAUAUUCUAUUCAGAUUUUUCGAUAUACCUAAGUAUGAUUUAAUCGUGUUUCGAAUGAACACCGCAGGCUUGCUUACUUGUGCGACAAAUUUUCCCCCAAUAAGUAGAGGAAAGAUGGUAUACUUUUUAAGGAAUGUUGAAGACAAAAUUACCCAAGCCAACUUUCGGAAGGCUGUCACUAUAGGAGAGAUUUCUGGCAACGUUCUAAUGGACAUCAGUGUUAUGGCGGAUGAAGUAAUCGGUCCUUUACUAUGUAAUCCGGAAAAUCAGAAAGGUUGGCCCAAAAUUGUGAAGAACGACAUGCAACGACACAUCAAUGGCUUAAGAAACUUAAUGCAUCAGCUUAAAGGAGAAAUGUCGAGUCAAGUCAUGCUUCCGAUGCCAGCUGGUGUGGAAAACAUUUAUCAUGCUGAAACGAGACUUAAGGAAAGUGACGGCGAAGAUGUAGAUUUAUAUUUAAAAACAAACAUAGAGGGAGCAAUCAUAAAGUGGGCACAACAAGUACAUGACUUGCUGCAAGAGGAUUCUUACAUAGCAUUUAAAAGAACAAAGUUUCCACUGCCAAGCGCGGACAUAGAAUUUUAUGCACAGCGAUUGCGUAAUCUAGAGGGCAUUUACUCCCAGCUUCGGGAUCCACGCGUGAAGCGUGUGGCGCACUACCUGGAGGACACUCACUCGGUCUACCUUAGUUGCUUCAAGUCUAUGCUUACUAAUAUUGUAGCAUCCAUUGUUGAAUGCCGUGAUAUUUAUGUAUAUCAAAAACCAUUGAUAACACAUUUUGAAAGCUUCGAAGCCACUGAUUUUGCUGAUUCUAAAUAUUUGAUACGUCCAAUGUUUCACUGUAUUGGCCUGCUUUGGGGCAACUCCAGAUAUUACAGUAAUGUAGAAAAACUUAUACCUCUACUGCGUGAAGUAUGCAAUUUAGUCAUACAACAAUGCACAAAUUCUAUUGACCCUGCUUCAAUAUUCCAAGGAGAAGCUGACGAACAAAUAUUGAAAAUUAGAAAGGCUAUCAGUAUUUUGAAUCACUUCAUUGAAACAUAUGAAAUAAAUCGGGACAAAGUUCAUACAUUUUUCCCUCCAGGAGUUAUGCCUGUCCGUUGGUCUUUCGACUUUGAUCGUGUCUUUAUGAGGUUUAAUGUUUAUAUGAAAAGGCUUAAAAUGAUCGAGGAAAUUCUAUCAGCAACAGUUGAGAUACUUAAAUUAGAAAAAGUUGAAUUCUGUGGAUUGAGAGGGAAAAUCCUUAGUACAGAAUGCGUUAAGAUAUUGGAAGAAUAUACCGCGAUAUAUCAAAACUUGGGAAACAUAACUUACGACCCGGCAGAUCCUGAAGACGACUCAUUCUUGGCUGAUUAUGAGAAACACAUGCGCGUGCUUGAAGAUGUCGACAGGAGACUAGCUUCAUUGUUUGCGCAAGGGUUGGACGAGUGCCACAAUUUAGAACAUUUUUUUAAAUUUUUUCAAAUCAUUGGGGACUUAUUUCAUCGUUCUAUUAUUAAAAAUGAAUUAAAACCGAAACUAUCAAAACUUUUGGAUUUUAUGCAUUCAAAUUUAGAUGACGUGAAGGAAAUUUAUGACGAAGAAAUGUCUAAAUUAACCAAAGGACCUGAGCGCCCGAUGGUAGACCCGUACUUGCCUCCGGUCGCCGGAAUGAUUUGGUGGAUUCAUAAACUACGCAGACGACUUCAGGGACCUAUGGAAGACUUCAUUUUAUUUGAAGAUCCAAUUGUUAUGUAUAUGAAUGCAGUGUAUAUGAAGCAAAAACACAAUGAGAUGCUUGGUUAUCUGAACGCGCUGGAGGAUCGCCAGUUCAAACAAUGGUGCGCCACCGUGCCGGCCACCUGCAAACUGCACCUCGCUAAGAAUCUCAUAUACAGGGACCCGCCGUUUGUCAGAAACAACUUCAGUCCAGAGUUGGUAAUGUUACUACGGGAACUACGAUAUAUGAAAUAUUUGGAUAAACAGGGUGUACCACCUGAAGGACUUGAGUUGUACGCUCGAAAUGAAAAAUUACAGUAUGACAUGAACCGCCUGAACCGUGCGAUCUCGUGGUACAAUGCCAUCCGCGAGGGCAGUCACGAAACAGAAGUGGCUCUCAUUGAGAAGGAAAUAUCUGCGAUUGACCAACUCCUCGGCCGCGGCGUGGAGGAACUCACUUGGAAUGAUGACUUCACUGAAUGGAUGGCGGAGGUGUACGCGGCGAUAAAUACGCUGCAAGAGCGCGUAUUGACCGCACAGAACAAUGUGAAACGUGGAUUAGCCAACAUUGCUGCAUGGGGAGACAAGCCAUUGCAUAACCGUAAACAUAAUCCGGAUAAGAUGGAGCUACUUGCUGUUGCAGAGAGACAGUCUAGAUUUAUUAACAGGAGAGAAAAAAUACUAGAUAGUCAUGCUGAGUUUCAAAAUAUAUUGCAGGAGAACUAUAAAUUAUUCUUCAAUAUUCAAGAAGAACAGGAGUCUGAUGACGAGGAAGAAGAAUUAGAAGAAGUAGAUGAAGCAACACUAGACCAAGAUGAAAAAGCUGCACGUGCGGCAAAACUGCAAGAAAUAUUAACGCGUCGCGAAGAAAAACGAAUUAUUAAGGAAGAAAGGCAGAGAGAGAAAGAGGUGGCUGCCCAUAUAAAAUUUGAAAGGAGAGAGGCACGACGUUCAAAGAGAGAAGCCAAAGCUGCAGAGAAACUUGAACGACAAGAAAGGCGGGAUGCGGGUGAAGAAGUCGACUCUCCAGUAGAGGAAGAAGAAGAAAUUUUAGAUCCGGAAGAAUUAGCUGAUAUUGAUGCCGAACGACAGGAGAUGGAGGAAGAGGCAUUUAGAGCUGCGCGGUGGCCGGCUUACGUACAAUACGUGGAUUCGCUUGUGUCGAAGCAGGUUAUGAAAGCAAUACAAUCUAGUGUUAAUUUAUUUGAAGUACAGACAAAUUUAGAAAAAGGUCCAAGGGUUGCAUUUAUAGAAGUCAUUGCAGAACUUAAGGAUCCAGAUAUAUAUUUCUCGCCUUCAUUGGACUUUGAGGAUGAGGGUGGUUUAUAUGAUACCUUGAGAGAGAUGAUGAAGGAUAUGUUCCUGCAGGCUACACUGUUCCCAAGAAUCGAUCCUCUUAUCCAAAUAUCUACUUACGAAGAUGACAUCGCCAAUGAAGAUGCGGUGAUCGAUCUUUAUCAUGAUAUACUUAAGAGAAUUGAAAACAGUAUAAACGGUAUUGUUCAGUAUGCAUCGAAAUAUGAGAAAUAUACCCCAUUAUGGCUGGAAGACCGGCAAGAAAUACUAGCAGGUUUUAUGAAGUAUGGUCGUGUAAUAUCUCCUGAAGAAUUUGAUAAAUACAAGUAUGAAAAUGGAUGCGAGCCCCCUGAGACAAAACCAAAACUUGAACAAUACCAAAAAGAGAUUGAUAAGUAUAAUUCCAUGUAUGAUGAAGUGGCAACAUUGCCAUCCGAAUACCUCUGCAAUGGGUGGUUGAAAUUAGAUUUGAAACGACUUAAUCAAGCGAUAAUGAAUAUAAUUUGUAAAUGGAGCAAUCUUUACAAACAGAAUCUCAAGGACCAUGUGCAAACUAGUCUAGACGAUUUAGAAAAGUUCAUAGCAUAUGCUUCUAAAGAGCUAUCUGUGGAUUUAGGAGAUGAUGAUUACGAAGGUUUACUGCAAGUUAUGCGCGUAAUUAAUGAAGUACGAGCCAAGAUGGAUGCUGGCACGGAAUUUAUGUUUGAACCACUCAGGGAUAUCAUUGACGUACUUAAGGAGUAUGGAGUUGAUUUUCCGGAGGAGACAUAUGAGCAGUUGGACGUAUUGCCAGAAAAAUGGCGAAACCUAGUAAAGUUGGCGACAGUAAUGAAGAACAAUGUAGCACCAUUACAGGCAGCACAAGCCGCUUUAAUAGCUAAACGAGUUGCACUUAUCACCCUACGUCUCACAAUGUACAGGGAUCAGUUUAGAUUAAAGGAGGUGUUCUUAGAAUCCUGUAAAGAGCCUUAUCGACAAAUCGAUAGAGUAAAUCAAGAGUUAAUGGGUUUUGAGGAAAUUGUCGAUGGCUUGAAAAAAUCUUGCGGAUUAUUCGAUAUUCAACCACCAGAUGAGAAAAAUCUUAAGCAAUGUCGUAGAGAACUUAAACUAAUUAAGCAACUCUGGGAUUACUAUUAUUUGGUAAUGGGGACUAUUGAGUUUUGGAAAAAAUCUCCAUGGAAGAAAAUUGAUGCAGAUGGUAUGGAUCAAGAAUGUAAGCGUUUUACCAAAGAUCUGCGUCAACUUGAUAAAGAUAUGAGAGUUUGGGAACCGUAUAUAACAAUAGAAGCUACAAUAAAGAAUCUGAUGACAUCGCUACGAGCUGUGACUGAUCUUCAGAAUCCAGCAAUUAAAGACAGACAUUGGGUGGAGCUUAUGAUGGCAACUAAAGUUAAAUUCCACAUAGAUGACGAUACAACAUUAGCAGAUUUGUUAGCUUUAAAUCUUCACAAAUAUGAAGAGGAAGUAAAGACAAUAGUAGAUAAAUCCGUAAAGGAAGCAGCUAUGGAAAAGACAUUAAAAGAACUGGAAGCUACUUGGGCAGUCAUGGAAUUUGAUUAUAGUUCUCAUGAUAGAACUGGAAUUAAACUACCCAAAGCCAGCGAGGAAUUAGUUGAAACACUGGAAGAUAACCAGAAUCAAGUGCAAAACAUGAUGUCAUCUAAGUUUAUUGGCUACUACGAAACGGAGGCAACUGUAUGGCAGAAGAAAUUGGGAACAGCCGAUGCGGUGAUUGCGCUCUGGUUUGAGGUGCAACGCAAGUGGCAGUACUUGGAGAGUAUCUUUGUUGGAUCGGAUGAUAUUCGCUCACAAUUGCCUGAAGAUUCAAAGAGAUUUGAUAACAUUGACAAAACAUUUAAGGAGCUGUUACGAGAUAUAGGUGCAACUCCUAACGUGGUGCAAGCUACUAAUAAACCAGGUCUUCUAGAUAAGCUUGAAGAAUUAAUGAAAGGACUCAAUCUUUGCGAAAAGGCGCUUAAUGAUUAUCUUGAGACUAAACGUUUGGCAUAUCCACGUUUUUACUUCGUUUCAUCGGCGGAUUUGCUGGAUAUUUUGUCAAAUGGGAACAAUCCACCAGCGGUAUGUCGUCACCUCAGCAAACUCUACGAUAAUCUAGCGAAACUUGUAUUCCCCAAGCCUGGUAGUAAGCAAGCUAUUGAAAUGAUAUCCAAAGAAAAUGAAGAACAUGUGCCUUUCAAAGCACCUUGUUGUGAUUGCUCUGGAAAGGUAGAAUUAUGGCUAAAUCGUGUGACCGAUUGCAUGCGAUACACGCUUCGUGACAUAUUUGAACAUAGUGUGAAGUCAUAUGAGGAAAAGCCCCGCGACGAGUGGGUAUUUGAUUGGCCGGCACAACCCGCUUUAGUUGGUACGCAGAUCUGGUGGACUACCGAAACCAACCAGGCUUUUGAGAAGCUUGAAGAAGGUUAUGAGAACGCCCUGAAAGAUUACCAGAAAAAACAAAUAGCACAGCUAAAUGCUCUCAUUGUAUUGUUGUUGGGCGACCUGACAGUAGGAGAUCGUCAAAAGAUUAUGACAAUAUGUACCAUUGACGUACACUCUAGAGACGUCGUCGCUAAACUUAUAAUCUCUAAAGUAGAGACCUCUAAUGCUUUCCAAUGGCAGAGUCAACUAAGGCAUCGCUGGGACAUGAAUUUAAAUAACUGCUAUGCGAACAUUUGUGACGCGCAAUUCCUUUAUGAUUACGAGUACUUGGGAAAUACGCCGCGUCUCGUAAUCACUCCUUUGACUGACCGUUGUUAUAUCACACUCACCCAGAGUCUGCAUUUAAUUAUGGGUGGUGCUCCGGCCGGUCCUGCUGGUACUGGCAAGACAGAGACUACUAAAGAUUUGGGAAGAGCACUUGGAAUUAUGGUUUACGUAUUCAAUUGCUCUGAGCAAAUGGACUACAAGUCCUGCGGAAAUAUUUAUAAAGGUUUGGCUCAAACUGGCGCAUGGGGUUGCUUCGAUGAAUUCAACAGAAUUUCUGUAGAAGUGCUUUCUGUUGUGUCCGUUCAAGUAAAAAGUGUUCUAGACGCGAUCAAAACAAAAAAGAAAAAGUUUGACUUCAUGGGAGAGUUUAUUUCAUUAAUACCAACUGUUGGUAUGUUCAUUACAAUGAAUCCUGGAUAUGCUGGGCGAACAGAAUUGCCAGAAAACUUGAAGGCUCUUUUUAGACCAUGUGCUAUGGUGGUGCCAGAUUUUGAACUGAUCUGUGAAAUUAUGUUGGUGGCGGAAGGCUUCCAGGAAGCUCGCCUUCUGGCGCGCAAGUUUAUUACUUUGUACAUGCUCUGCCGUGAGCUACUAUCCAAACAAGAUCACUAUGAUUGGGGUUUGAGAGCUAUUAAGUCUGUGCUCGUCGUUGCUGGAUCAUUGAAGCGAGGUGAUCGCCUUAGGCCUGAGGAUCAAGUAUUAAUGAGAGCCUUGCGAGAUUUCAACAUUCCCAAAAUUGUGACGGACGACACUCCUGUUUUUAUGGGAUUGAUUGGUGAUUUAUUCCCAGCUCUCGAUGUGCCUAGGAAACGUGAUUUUGACUUUGAGAAAAGUUUAGUAGAAGGGGCGUUGUCAAUGAAAUUGCAACCUGAGCCCGGAUUUAUUUUGAAGAUGGUUCAAUUAGUUGAACUAUUUGCCGUAAGACACUCCGUAUUUAUUAUCGGAUUUGCGGGCACCGGCAAAUCUAUGGUGUGGCAAUGCUUGAACAAGACUUAUCAAAUGCUGAAACUAAAACCGUUUUACAACGAUUUGGAUCCAAAAGCAGUCACUAAUGAUGAGUUGUUUGGAAUUAUUAAUCCAGCUACUAGAGAAUGGAAGGACGGCUUGUUUUCAACAAUUAUGAGAGAUAUGGCUAAUAUGCCUGGAGAUGGACCAAAGUGGAUAGUGCUGGAUGGUGAUAUUGAUCCCAUGUGGAUAGAGAGUUUAAACACUUUGAUGGAUGAUAAUAAAGUGUUAACGUUGGCAAGUAACGAACGUAUCGCGUUAACCAAGUCAAUGCGUCUCCUUUUUGAAAUCUCAAACCUGCGAACUGCUACACCGGCUACAGUUUCGCGAGCUGGUAUCCUUUACAUCAACCCCCAGGAUUUGGGAUGGAACCCCUUCGUAGCAUCUUGGAUCGACACAACUCGCAAUGACGAAUCUGAAAAAGCAAUGUUGACGGUGAUGUUUGACAAAUACAUUCCAUCUCUUCUCGAGUCAUGCAAGAAGUAUAAGCGCAUCACACCACUCACUGAGCUACAGCAGAUACAACUCACGUGUUACUUACUCGAGUGUUUCCUUAACAAGUCUUUACUACCUUCAGACUGCCCCAAGGAAUGGUACGAGACAUAUUUCGUUUUCUCCAUUGUAUGGGGAUUUGGUUCCGGUCUGUUUCAAGAUCAACUAGUAGAUUGGCGCAAUGAAUUCAGCAAAUGGUUCUGUAAUGAAUUCAAACAAAUCAAGUUUCCUUCAAAUGGAAACGUAUUCAGUUUCUUUAUAGAUCCAGAGACGAAAAAGUUUUUACCGUGGUCAGAGAAAGUAGAGGCUUUUGAGCUUGACCCCGAUCUACCGUUGCAGUCUUGCUUGGUGUCUACCUUUGAAACUACACGAAUUCGAUUUUUCAUGGAUUUACUAAUUGAUAAAAAAAAGCCAGUUAUGUUAGUUGGCAGCGCCGGUAGUGGGAAGACAGUCAGUUUCGCAGCCAAACUUAAUUCACUGCCGGACUCCUACGCUAUUACUAACGCAGCGCUUAACUUCUAUACUACUUCUGAGAUGCUCCAGAAAGUGUUGGAAAAGCCAUUAGAGAAAAAGUCGGGUCGCAAUUUCGGACCGCCAGGAAGCAAGUUUAUGAUCUACUUCGUGGAUGAUUUCAAUAUGCCCGAAGUAGAUACGUAUGGUACUGUGCAACCACAUACGCUUAUUAGACAAUUCAUGGAUUACAAACAUUGGUACGACAGACAGAAGUUGACAUUAAAGGAUAUCUCGAAUUGCAUGUUUGUAUCUUGUAUGAAUCCUACUGCAGGGUCCUUCACCAUAGACCCUCGACUACAAAGACAUUUCUGCACGUUCGCUGUCAGCUUCCCAGGUCUAGAUGCUUGCUUCCACAUCUACAAACAGAUAUUGUAUCAACACGUAAGCAAUCCGCUAAACAAGUUCCCUCUGCCGGUACAGCGGUAUACGGAGCCACUAGUAAACGCAGCACUCGCGCUCCACAAUAAACUUGCGUCCACGUUCCUACCAACUGCCAUAAAGUUCCAUUAUAUUUUCAAUCUUAGAGAUUUAUCCAAUAUAUUUCAGGGUAUUCUAUUUACAACAGGCGAUGCUAUCAAACAACAAUCAGAACUAAUUAGAUUAUGGAUGCACGAGGCUACACGUGUAUAUUCAGAUAAGCUCGUUGACGGUUCUGACAAUGAAGCUUUCCACAAACUCAUCGUGGAGGUUAUAAAGAAAAACUGUGAGGAUUAUGACGAGAACGUUGUAUUUGAGAAGCCACUCAUAUACUGCCACUUCGCCGAAGGCAUUGGUGAUCCCAAGUACUUCCCCAUUAGAGAUUGGCCGCAGAUUAAGAAAUUACUAGAUGAAUCACUUUCCGGAUACAAUGACUUAGUUGCUACUAUGAACUUAGUAUUAUUCGAGGAUGCCAUGUAUCAUAUUUGCAGGAUCAAUCGUAUCCUCGAAGCUCCGCGAGGCAACGCAUUGUUAGUCGGCGUGGGUGGUUCAGGAAAACAAUCAUUGUCUAGAUUGUCGGCCUUUAUCUCCUCACUCGAAGUAUUCCAAAUACAGCUGAGAAAAGGAUAUGGCAUAAACGAUCUCAAAGUUGAUUUAGCUGCAUUAUAUAUAAAAGCUGGAUUGAAGAACAUCGGCAACAUGUUCCUAAUGACAGAUGCACAAGUCGCUGAGGAGAGAUUUCUGGUACUCAUAAACGAUCUGCUCGCCUCCGGAGAAAUACCAGAGUUGUUAGCCGAUGACGAAAUAGAAAAUAUUAUUAAUGGUGUUAGAGGAGAGACUAAGGCGUCAGGCGUCCCUGAUACAAGAGAGAAUUGUUGGAGAUUUUUUAUAAAUCGCGUUCGUACAAUGUUAAAGGUGGUGCUGUGUUUCUCCCCGGUGGGUGCAACGCUGCGUAUUCGAGCGCGCAAGUUCCCUUCUAUAGUCAAUUGUACGGCCAUAAAUUGGUUCCACGAGUGGCCACAGGAAGCGCUCCGAUCUGUCUCCAAGCGGUUCAUCACAGAAGUGGAAUCGUUACCGCCGCAUCUGGUGGAUCCUGUUUCUGCCUUUAUGUCACACGUUCACCAAAGUGUGAAUCAGAUGUCUGCAGUUUAUUUCCAAAAUGAAAAACGGUACAACUACACGACGCCUAAGACUUUCCUGGAACAAAUUGCACUUUACAGCAAAUUACUUAAUGAAAAAACUACGAACUUGAAAAUGAUGAUAUCAAGGUUAGAAAAUGGAUUGGAAAAAUUAGCUUCGUGUGCCGCUGAUGUUGCGGUCUUAAAGGUAACACUAGCGGAGCAAGAAGUUAUAUUGAAAGUCAAGAAUAAAGCCGCCGAAGAGCUUAUUGAUGUUGUGGGGGCUGAAAGUGAAAAAGUGUCAAAAGAAAAGGCAUUUGCGGCCGAAGAAGAAAAAAAGGUUAAAGUAAUAGAAGAAGAUGUAACGAUCAAAGCGAAGAUUUGCGCAGACGACUUAGCCAAAGCUGAGCCAGCAUUGCUCGCGGCCCAAGAAGCGCUUAACACGCUGAAUAAGAAUAACUUAACAGAGCUGAAGUCUUUCGGUUCACCACCUGAUGCCGUAGUUAAUGUCACUGCUGCUGUUCUCGUAUUAUUCUCUAAAAAAGGAAAAAUUCCUAAGGACCGAUCUUGGAAAGCUUGUAAGCUGAUGAUGGCAAAGGUAGAUCAAUUCCUAUACGAUUUAGUAUAUUACGAUAAAGAGAACAUUCACCCAGAUGUUAUCAAGGCAGUACAACCAUAUAUAAAGAACCCGGAGUUCAAUGCUGAAUUCAUAAUGUCAAAGUCAGCAGCAGCAGCGGGUUUGUGCUCAUGGGUGAUCAACAUUGUAAAGUUCUAUGACGUCUACGUAGUGGUGGAACCGAAACGACGCGCUCUCAAUGCCGCCAAUGCAGAGCUUCAAGCAGCCCGAGAUAAGCUCUCCUUCCUGACAGAGCAAAUCAAAGAAUUGGAAGAAAAACUCGAAGAGUUAUUGAAAGCAUUCCAAGAGGCGGUGAAUGAAAAGAUGAAAUGUCAAGCGGAGGCGGAUUCCACUAAUGCAACUAUUGACUUAGCUAAUAGAUUGGUUAAUGGUUUAGCUUCAGAGAAAAUUAGAUGGUCUGCGACAGUAGUGAACCUAAAAGAAUCGGGGAUGAUGUUGCCCGGAGAUGUGCUACUCGUGACAGCCUUCAUAUCCUACGUGGGUUGCUUCAUGCGUCGCUACAGGCAGCAGUUGAUGUAUGAAGAUUGGAUACCCGCGCUGGGGAAGACUAACCCUAAGAUAGAAACGACUGAAGGUCUAGAACCGCUGUCGAUGUUAACUGAUGACGCACAAGUCGCGUGUUGGAACAACGAGGGGCUGCCUACCGAUACCAUGAGUACUGAAAACGCUACUAUACUGACAAACUCGGCGCGGUGGCCGCUUAUGAUUGACCCACAAUUACAGGGUAUAAAAUGGAUAAAAUCUAAAUACGGCGACACGUUAGUGGUGAUUCGUCUGACACAGCGAAACUACUUGGACCGUAUUGAGCGUGGUGUCAGUAACGGUGACGUAGUACUAUUGGAAAAUAUUGGUGAGACGGUAGACGCAGUGUUAGAACCUCUGCUGGGUCGAGUGUUGAUACGGAAAGGGCGAGUACUGAAGAUAGGUGAUAGAGAAAUAGACUAUCAUCCAAAUUUCCGUUUCUUGAUUCAAACGAAACUAGCGAACCCUCAUUACCAACCAGAAAUGCAAGCACAGUGCACUUUGAUUAAUUUUACUGUCACUAAAGAUGGCCUCGAAGAACAGCUGCUAGGUGAAGUAGUAAAAGCAGAAAGACCAGAUUUAGAAAGUCUUCGUGCGGGUCUCACCAAGCAACAAAAUGAUUUUAAGAUUACUCUCAAAACACUAGAAGAUGAUUUACUGAAGAGAUUGUCUUCAGCUGGACCUGAUAUACUAAGUGAUUCAGCGCUGGUCAUAAAUCUAGAAACUACUAAAAAAACUGCUGCAGAUAUUGAAAUAAAAGUGGAGGAAGGAAAAGUUACUGCCGUGAAAAUUGAUGAAGCUAGAGAGAGAUAUAGGCGUGCAGCGGCCCGUGCAUCCCUCUUGUACUUCAUUCUGAACGAUUUGAACAAGAUCAACCCAAUGUAUCAAUUUUCGUUGAAAGCAUACAGCGUGGUGUUCAAGGAUGCACUGAUGAGAGCUGAAGCUGCAGAUGAACUUGAAGCACGUGUGCGGAAACUCCUUGACAGUAUUACAUUUGCAGUGUUCGUUUACACUAGUAGAGGACUGUUUGAGAGAGACAAGCUCGUGUUCUUAUUCUUAAUUACAAUACAGGUACUACAAGCUGAAGGCAAAGUAGAUCCACGAGAGUUGGACUUCUUAUUAAAGUUUGCUGUGGCACCCGAAGUGUCUCCGUAUUCAUGGCUCUCAAAUAACUCCUGGGGUGGUAUUAUCGCUUUAUCCAAAAUGGAUGCGUUCGAGAACCUCGACAAGGACAUCGAGGGUGCUGUUAAAAGAUGGCAAAAAUAUACCGACGGUGAAGCACCCGAAAGAGACAAAUUGCCAGGUGAAUGGAAGAAUAAAACACCAUUGCAACGACUUUGCAUCAUGCGCGCACUACGCCCCGACCGAAUGUCAUAUGCAUCCAGUGCAUUUUGUGAAGAAAAUCUGGGAACAAAAUACAUUGAAGCGCGAACUCCACCUUUAGAGAAGUCUUAUCAGGAGAGUACAUCUACUACGGCUAUGUUCUUCAUUUUGUCACCAGGAGUAGAUCCACUAAAGGAUUUAGAAAAGUUGGGCCGAAAACUUGGCUUUUCUACGGAUAAGAAGAACUUCCAUAUAGUUUCCCUUGGCCAAGGUCAGGAAGUUGUUGCUGAAGAAGCUAUGGGCGUGGCUUCGGUUAACGGACAUUGGGUGAUUCUACAAAACAUUCAUUUGGUAGCGAAAUGGCUUGCAACGCUUGAAAAGAAAAUGGAAGAAACAUUUGAAAAUCCUCUACCUGAAUAUAGAUUGUACUUGAGCGCAGAACCAGCAGCAGAUGCGGCAUAUCAUAUAAUACCACAGGGUAUCUUGGAGUCAGCAAUUAAGAUCACUAAUGAACCUCCAAUUGGAAUGUGGGCUAAUUUGCAUAAGUCAUUAGAUAACUUCAGUCAAGAAACAUUGGAAAUGUGCAGUAAGGAAGCCGAGUUUAAGUCGGUCCUGUUCUCUCUGUGCUAUUUCCAUGCCGUCGUUGCCGAGCGGCGCAAGUUCGGCCCGCAGGGUUGGAACAGAGUCUAUCCGUUCAACUUUGGCGACUUGACCAUCUGUGUGUACGUGUUAUUUAAUUACUUGGAGGCAAAUCCGCGCGUGCCCUGGGAGGACUUGCGCUAUCUGUUCGGUGAGAUCAUGUACGGCGGUCACAUCACCGACGAUUGGGACAGACGGCUCUGUCGUACAUUCCUGCUCGAGUACAUGCAGCCCGAACUAGUGGACGGGGAACUUCAACUUGCCCAAGGAUUCAUAUCGCCUCCCAACUCCGACUACGUAGGUUACCACCAGUACAUAGACGAUUACUUGCCAGACGAGACACCAUAUCUCUACGGGUUACAUCCUAAUGCUGAGAUUGGGUAUUUGACCACAGUUUCAGAGCGUUUGUUCAAGGUGGUAUUUGAAAUGCAACCUCGAGAUAGUGGUGCCCAAGCUGGUGGCGGAGCUACAAAAGAAGAAAUGGUGCGAUACAUGCUCGACGACAUCCUGGACAGAGUACCGGAGCCGUUCAACUUGCAGGAGUUGAUAGGCAAAGUGGAAGAACUGACACCAUUCACUAUCGUAGCACUUCAGGAGUGUGAACGUAUGAACAGACUAAUGGGUGAGAUUCGACGCUCUCUCAAAGAGCUCGAACUUGGCCUCAAGGGAGAACUAACCAUUAGCAGUGACAUGGAAAAGCUGAUGGAAUCGUUGUUCAUGGACAAGGUACCAGAUUCGUGGACUAAGUUGGCAUAUCCGAGCUUACUCGGACUUGCCGCUUGGUUCUCAGACCUUUGUCUAAGGCUCAGCGAACUUGAAAAUUGGUCUGGUGACUUUAAUCUACCACCGGCGGUAUGGCUGGCCGGUUUCUUCAACCCUCAAUCGUUCCUGACCGCUAUAAUGCAGCAGACGGCGCGCAAGAACGAAUGGCCACUAGACAAGAUGUGUCUCAAUUGUGACGUCACCAAAAAGAAUAGAGGAGAUUUCAAUGCACCGCCCCGUGAAGGCGCCAAUAUCCACGGGCUGUACAUGGAGGGUGCGCGGUGGGACACGGCCACAGGCGGUAUAGUGGAGUCACGGAUGAUGGAACUGUUCCCAUUGAUGCCCGUCAUCUUCAUCAAGGCUGUUACGCAGGACAAACAGGAUACACGCAAUGUAUACGAGUGCCCUGUUUACAAGAUACGUAUGCGUGGACCAACGUUUGUUUGGACCUUUAAUCUGAAGACGAAGGACAAACCGACGCGCUGGACUUUGGCCGGUGUUGCACUAUUACUUGGUGUCUAAUAUUUAAUGUAUUAUUUAUAUUGUAGUAUUUAAAACUUAUUUUUUA